CCUGAUAUUUUACGAGCUGCUGUAGUACCAUUAUUACCUAAUGCAGAAUGUGAUAGUUUGUACAUUGGUGAUAUAACUAGCAGAAUGUUGUGUGCAGGCUAUAUAGAAGGUGGUAUUGAUACAUGUCAAGGUGAUUCUGGUGGACCACUUGUUUGUAAUAUUAAUAAUAAAUAUACAUUAAUGGGUGUAACAUCAUUUGGUAAUGGAUGUGCUAAGCCUUAUAUACCUGGUGUUUAUACUCGAGUCUCUUCCUUUAUUGAGUGGAUUAAUGAGAAAAUA